UGCGACAUCGAAACACUUUUCAGUUUGAAGUCUAAAUUCUGUCAGGUUAAAUUGUUUCGCUUCUUAGUUCUUAUAAACUUAAGUUUCAAUAAACCAGAAAAACCAAUAAAGCAUGCUUCUCUACGAAGAUUCUGAUCGCUUAGUGUACAAAAUGAACGCAGUUGACAUGGAAGUUGAUGGAAUGCUCCAGCACGGCCAUGUCAUCGACUUGGAAGAAACAGAAGGAGUUCCUUCGCAUUUGAUCGUUGAUUUUGGAUGUCCAGGGCAGACAGCGGUCCCGGUUGAAUACGGAAAGCUUUUCGCUUGCUCCACCAACCUAUCCGAUGAACUGCCGAAAGAAUGGCAAGGGAACGGUUCCUCAGAGAACAACGGGUAUGAAGCGCAGGCGCUGCUGCGCACCUGUCCCGCACAUCCGUGGAAAUGGCAUCCAGCAAGGGUUCUUAUCGGUCGAUUAGAGGGUCUGGAAACUUAUGCGCUGGUGGAGGUCACGCUAGAUGGACAUACCGUCCGCGAAGUGCUCCCCCAUGUUCAGAUUCGCAAACCUCCUUCGUUGGAGGAUCUGCAAUCCGGAAUGUUCCAACCAAGCCACUUCUACAUUACACUGAACAGGAGAAAGGACCAUGAUGGGUUCGUUGAUCCAGGAGAAAGCGACAGUACUGCACCAACCGCUCGGGAACGCGGUUUGCUGUUACCGAUAGAACUUCUGACAGAAGUCUUUCAGUCAAUGGACGUCGUCCAUCGAUCGCGUUCGCGGCGCACCUGUCAACUGUGGGAAGGAGUGCUAUCGUCCCCAAUAGUGGCUCAGUUUGUUGCUGUCGAAAUGCCUGCAUAUGACCGUUCGUUCACCCCAGUCCAAAUUGCAACUGGCCUUUACGCAGUAUACAGCGCGCUCUCCAAGCACAUCGCUCCCGUCACACGAACAGUUUGUAUACGGAAUCACGAUCUUUCUUAUUAUAAGGUGAGAGAAAGUUGGGAAAGUAUCACAUCUGCCGGUGUUGUGAUCAGAUAUAUCCACCAAAUCCUAGAUUCUGCCGGUGGCUUCCGCAUCAAUCGUUUGGUGUUGUGCCAGUGGACAAAGAUGGAGGAAGGGAGAGCCACAUUUGUGGAAUUCGUUAACGACAUAACUAAUACACUUGCCCAUAUGGCGUCCGUAUGUGAUCGCAUCCUCUGGCGGCAUUCUCAGAUACGCUACAAAUUGUACCACAACAGAUUUCAGUUCGACAUCGCUGCUUUCACCUUGACGAACGUCAAUGCCGCAGAGGUCUGGGAUCUAUUGGAAAUGCACAUGGAUUGCUCUGACCUUCUGGAUAAAGAUACCGUAGCGCAGUGGACAGAGGACACAGUUAACGGCGAUUACAAUGCCGAUAAAAGGAGACUUGUCGAGAUUUUGAUGGAGUGCCAAACUGGCGAUCCACGUCUGGGAGCCUACUGUUCCAGUAAAAAGUGGACACUGGACAACCUAAGCAGUUUAGAUAUGAGAAAACUGAAUAAAAUCAGUUUAACGAAUUUGGCACGUUGCGUGGCAUUUGAAAAAGAGUUCGCCGCCCUUCGUCAGUACGAUCCGUAUCAGUCCGACCCAUCAUCUGAGGACGGCGAGAGUAGCGGGAGCUCAGAGGAAGAAUCAGCGGAAAACGAAGCAUCUUCGGCAGAACCGGAAAUUAAAGAAGUUGAGGCACAAGAAGCCUGCAACAAGAAGAUCCCUUAACAAAUUCUGUUUUCCUCGGUCGAGUAACGUAUUGUGUAGGGAGACGACAUCGUACUGAGAGAAGGUGUAAGAAACGAGUAAUUCGUUGAAAGCGUUGUUUUUGCAGUUCAGGUCAAACUAUGAUGUACUUAAACAUUAGCAAAGAUUCGAUGCGAAACGUUGAAGUUUUUGCUUAUUUUACAUGACAAAGCAGGUUGGACGUCAAUUCACAAAGCAUGCGAUUGAACAAGGUGAAUUUAGCUUUCAUUCUGCUACACAGUGAUCGUGUCAGUACAAAUC